GCGCUGCGUGUCCUGUGCGCGCGUGCGGGGUCCAGCCCCAGGCCCCACCGCCGGCUAGUGUGUUCAUCUGCAGGGUCCGCGCCGGGGAGCAUCGGGGAGGCAGGGGGAGGCUGGCGGUGUGUUGCGGGGUGGCGGGAGCCGGAGCAAGCCGAGGGUCCUCUGGCAAAGAAAUCUGCUCUCCGAACCUGCUUAUCCUUCGCGCAGCUCCCAGUAACCACUAACAUCCCUAACGGCCAUCAGAGCUGGGGGCUCUCUUUGGAAAUCGUGCUGGCCCAGCUCGGUUCUCCCAGCUCGCGAAGAUUACCGCAUCUUUCUUCCUAGCGCAGAGAAGUUGGAUCGGACCUGAACCCCUAAAAGCGGAACCGCCUCCCGCCCUCGCGCCAGCCGCCCGCCCGGAGCUGAGUCGCCCGCGGCGGUGGCGGCGGACAGAGUUGAGAGUUUCCUCCCGCACUGGAUGGAGCUGAACUUUGGGCGGCCAGAGCAGCGCGGCAGUCCGGGGAUCGCUGCAUGCUGAGCUCUCUUGGCGAGACCCAGCGGCGGCUCGGGAAUUUUUGGGGGGCGGGGACCAGCUGCGCGCCGGCACCAUGUUCCUGGUGACCCUGUACUUCGCGCUACCGCUCCUGGACGUGCUCCUGGCGGCCGAGGUGAGCGGGGGGGACCGCCUGGAUUGCGUGAAAGCCAGCGAUCAGUGCCUGAAGGAGCAGAGCUGCAGCACCAAGUACCGCACGCUGAGGCAGUGCGUGGCGGGCAAGGAGACUAACUUCAGCCUGACAUCCGGCCUGGAGGCCAAGGACGAGUGCCGCAGCGCCAUGGAGGCCCUCAAGCAGAAGUCGCUCUACAACUGCCGCUGCAAGCGCGGUAUGAAGAAGGAGAAGAACUGCCUGCGCAUCUACUGGAGCAUGUACCAGAGCCUGCAGGGAAAUGAUCUGCUUGAAGAUUCCCCAUACGAACCAGUUAACAGCAGAUUGUCUGAUAUAUUCCGGGUGGUCCCAUUCAUACCAGAUAUUUUGCAGCAAGUGGAGCACAUCCCCAAAGGGAACAACUGCCUUGAUGCCGCCAAGGCCUGCAACCUUGACGACACCUGCAAGAAGUACAGGUCCGCGUACAUCACCCCAUGUACCACCAGCAUGUCCAACGAAGUCUGCAACCGGCGCAAGUGCCACAAGGCCCUCCGGCAGUUCUUUGACAAGGUUCCGGCCAAGCACAGCUACGGAAUGCUCUUCUGCUCCUGCCAGGACAUUGCCUGCACUGAGCGGAGGCGGCAGACCAUCGUGCCUGUGUGCUCCUAUGAGGAGAGGGAGAAACCCAACUGUUUGAAUUUGCAGGAUUCCUGCAAGACGAAUUACAUCUGCAGAUCUCGCCUUGCGGAUUUUUUUACCAACUGCCAGCCGGAGUCAAGGUCCGUCAGCAGCUGUCUAAAGGAAAACUAUGCUGACUGCCUCCUUGCCUACUCAGGCCUCAUUGGUACAGUCAUGACCCCCAACUACAUAGACUCCAGUAGCCUCAGCGUGGCCCCGUGGUGUGACUGCAGCAACAGUGGGAAUGACCUGGAAGAGUGCUCGAAAUUUUUGAAUUUCUUCAAGGACAAUACAUGUCUUAAAAAUGCAAUUCAAGCCUUUGGCAAUGGCUCCGAUGUGACAGUGUGGCAGCCAGCCCUCCCUGUUCAGACCACCACUGCCACCACCACCACAGCCUUCCGGGUCAAGAACAAGCCCCUGGGGCCAGCAGGGUCUGAGAAUGAAAUCCCCACUCAUGUUUUACCACCUUGUGCAAAUUUACAGGCACAGAAGCUGAAAUCCAAUGUGUCGGGCAGUACACACCUCUGUCUUUCUGAUCGUGAUUUUGAAAAGGAUGGUCUCGCUGGUGCUUCCAGCCACAUAACCACAAAAUCAAUGGCUGCUCCUCCAAGCUGCGGUCUGAGCCCACUGCUGGUUCUGGUGGUAACCGCCCUGUCCACCCUAUUAUCUUUAUCUUUGGCAGAAACAUCGUAGCUGCAUUUAAAAAACGAUAUGGACAUGUAAAAAGACAAAAACCAAGUUAUCCGUUUCCUGUCCUCUUGUAUAUCUGAAAUUCCAGUUUUAGGAGCUCAGCUGAGACACUACUAAAACAGUUUUAUCCAACUGGAACUUUUUUCUUUUUUUUUUUUCUUUUUUUUAAGAAAGCUUCUUGUGAUCCUUAGGGCUUCUGUGGAAUACCCAAUGCAGUGCUACAUUCCAAACUCAAAAGGCUUUGGGGCAUGCUGUAUUGUAAAGGGACAGUUUGUAAGUUUAGCUGUAAAGCAAACUGGGGCCGUGUUUUUCAUGAUGAUGAUGAUAAUUUUAACAACUUAACUCUGGCCUUCACUAUCUAGAGGAGUUAGUAUUUCUCAAAGAUCUUGCAUAUCUCAUGUAAUGGCUUUGAUUUCUGAUGACGUAACAGCCGCCUAACAUAGAUGCCAGCUUUUUUGUCACAAAGUGAAGAUUCUCAUCAACAGAAUCUUGGUAGACUCUGUGCAGACAAGCUUGCACCAAUGUUCACCUUUCUAUACGUACUAGCAUUUUCUUCGCUAAUGUUUAUGUAUUGUGAACAGUUCUGCUCUCUCCUCCAAAAGAAAAAACACCCGUCAUAUCCAAAUGUAGUGUCUGUCUUCUAGUCAAAAGAGAGAGUGAGAGUGGAUGUGCAACUUGACAGUACCUUGAUCAUUGGAGGACACUCUCCUAAGCCUUACCUGAGUUAGAAGCCCUUAAACUAACAAGAGUCCAGUAUAGCUGAAGCAUUGCUCUAAUACUCUUUACACGUAUGAGGUUAUAUGUAGAAAAAAAAGAUUUUACUACUAAAUGAUUUCAACUAUUGGCUUUCUAUAUUUUGAAAGUAAUGAUAUUGUCUUCAUUUUUUACUGAUGGUUUAAUACGAAAUAUAUGGAGCUUGUUCUCCUCUCCUAAGUAGUGUUAGCUCCAAUAUUAACUUCACAAAUACAGCUCUUCAAAAGCAGACUCUGAGGAGCCUCAUCCUUUAGCAGAAAGCUCUGCAUCACGUUACUGUGGACAGGCGGGAGAAACAGAGCAGCCAAGCAUUGUCUUUUAUCAUUUCUUGAAAUGCAAGCGUGCGUACCCGUGAGAAAGCCGGUGGCCACUUGUAAAUGUUCUGCAAUGUCUAAUGGCACCCUUGCCAGCUGACACAGUCCAGUACCUUGGUUUUCAUGUUCCCUAACAAGGGCAGCUUUGAUUGGGACAGGGGCUGGGGACGUGCUGCCCUCUUUUCUGAAGCAGAUCCAUGCCAGGGUACACAGCUUUUUUCUAAGGAUUGUCUUUGCUCCCAGCAGUGAAAUGUUGGUCACCGUUUAGAGCAGUUUGGUCUGAAAUUCAUCAGAAAUCUGCUUGCAUCUUGUUCUGUGUUCUCCGUGACAGACUGUGACUGAUUAUGUGAAAAAGAAAGAAGGUUUGUGGAUCAAGAGGAUCAACAUUAGGUCUGUGGAGAUGAGUUGAUGGGCACAGAUACACAGAACAGAACAGGACUCGACAUAAGCAUCUGGCUUGUUAACUGCACAUCACCUUCCAUCAUUCUCCUCCUUAAACCCAUAGACCCUAAAGUGCACUUGUGAAGUCUGGCUGAAAUGGCAAGAUUCAGAAUCUACAAUGAUCAAGUCCUAGUGGCCGUGGUUCUCCAAAACUGAGUAGAGAAGAGGAGAUUCCUUAACAGAGUGCUGGGAGCAUUGACUUGCUUCCAGCAUCAGUAGAGGGGCUGGCGGAGGAAACCCAUGGUGCACGUUUCAUACUGACCCCCUUUGCCCGCUGAUAUUUGCCUUGUAAGAAUUAAUCAAAUUACUGGGGUGGGAAAUCUAUUAAAUCCAAGAUAAAGGCAUAGUCUUUUAGCUCUAUUGGUGUUUGAAGUACAUUUAUGUCCAAAUGUUAAUAAACAUAAAUGUAUAAUACUAAGUACUGACUUUUUUCACUUCAAAAUGUUUUCAAGAGAAAUUCGUCAAACAAAUUUGAUUAGUGAAAGGUUUCGUGAAGACUCUUACUUUGAAUAAACACAUUAAAUGUGUUGAAAUAUUUGGAAUUCCAGUCAUCUAUGAAAGCUUCUCUCUCAAGGAGCAUAUUUUGUUUUAAUUAAGGUAUCUCUAUGUAUCUACACUGGACUAAUUGCAUAUGGGUCGGAUUCUAUGUGAUCUACUGUAGAAAGCUAUUGACUACUUCUGCAGUGAACAGCAGCUCUAAUUAGCUUCAGAUGACCAAAGAGGAAAUGGGAGUUACCAGAGCUAACAAGGGUAGCUUCAGUGAAGAACGCGUGGAUGUGCAACACAUAAAUUAAAUUUUGAAAAGCCUCAUCUAUCACCAAUAAAGAUCUCAUUUUUCUUCAGAGAUAGAAGCAAAUUAGAGUUACCCAAUCCUCAAUUUGAAAAUAAAUUGCUGAUUAAAUAAACAGGGGGAAGGAUGUUCAGUGACAACACAUUGGAGAGAUUCUUAUAAAAUCAUGCCGAGCCUUUCUGCCAUUCAGUGUGAUCUCAGUUUAACAUGGUGGCCCUGAAACACCGUCAUUUGCCCCAGGACUGGAGCAGGCAAGUGACAAAUCCUUUACCUAUCUGACUUCCUCACUUCCUUGACUAUCUCACUUCCUUGCAGUGCUGAAACUAAAAAUGAUUCACUGCUUCCUCUCCUUCAGCUCCUGGGUUUAGGGACAGGGGCUCUUUGUUGGGGUUUGCACCUCCCGCAGAAAGCAUUUCAUUGCACUUGAUUUUGAUGAAACAAAACAGUAAUUCAUGUCUGUGUAGACCAUGACUCCCAGAUCAAGUCUAGCCACGCCCUACUCAUUUCAGAGAAAAAAAAAGGUAAGACUGCCAAA